AUGUCGGAUUUCUAUGAAGAAAUCAAAAUUCCAGAGAUGGAUCUCUGGAGUGUAUUGUUUGAACGGGAGGAUAAGCCAUUUCCGGAUGAUCAAGUCCUCUACACCUCUUCCCACUCCUCACACACCUACUCCUCCAUCAAAUCCCAAACCAUCUCUUUUGGCCUGGGUCUCCACCACCAUUACUCCUUCAUAAAAGGCGAUGUCCUGGCUCUUUUCUCAGAGAAUAAUAUUGAUACCCCAAUUACUAUGUGGGGAACACAUUAUAUAGGCGGAAUAGUCAGUCCUGCGAAUCCGGUAUAUACGAGACGGGAAUUGACGCAUCAUUUGAGAGAUUGUGGGGCGAAGAUUAUUGUUACGACGGGGGAAUUGGUGGGGAGGGUGAGGGAAUGCGUGAAUGAGAUUGAGAGGGAAAUUGGGAGGAGUAUUGAUGUAUUGGUGCAAGGUGGUGAGGUUCCUGAGGGGGAAAGAGGGAUUAGGGAUGUUUUUAUGGUGGGAGAUGAGAAGAGGCUAAAUGUUGACCCGGAAAAGGAUUUGGCGUAUUUGGUGUAUAGUUCUGGAACGACGGGAUUGCCAAAGGGGGUUAUGUUGACUCAUAGGAAUGUGGUGGCCAAUUUGAUGCAAGUAGCUUCGAGGGAGGGAAGGCUGAUGAGAUGGGAUCGUGAUCGGAUUUUGAGUGUUUUGCCAUUUUUUCACGCGUAUGGCCUCCAAUGUCUCGUCCAUCUUCCCUGCUAUCUUGGAAUCCCUACCAUAGUUAUGAAAUCUUUCUCUCUCCCCAUUUUCCUUUCUUUGAUUCAACAAUUCACAAUCACAUACACAUACGUCGCACCUCCGAUAAUCCUACAUCUAGCGAAAAGUCCAGUGGUGGAAGAAUAUGAUAUCAGCAGCUUGAGAGGUAUUGUAGCGGGUGCUGCGCCGUUGAGUAGAGAGUUGAUUCACAUGGUGAAAGAGAGACUGGGAGUUGGAGUACGGCAAGCGUAUGGAUUAAGUGAGACGAGUCCAGUAACUCACAUACAGCUCGAAUAUGAUAGUGGUCUCGGAUCAGUGGGACCACCUUUGGCAAAUCAAAUUGUCAAAUUCAUGUCGCCGUCAAAUACUGAAGUACCUGUGGGUAAAGAGGGAGAGAUUUGGAUUUCGGGCCCCAAUGUAUUUUUGGGCUAUCAUAACAAUCCGGAUGCUACUUCUGCGGCUUUGGUCACUUCUUCUCCCUCCUUGAAAUCAAAAUAUCCGUUCUUCAAAACGGGGGAUAUAGGAUUUCAAGACGAAAAAGGAAAUAUGUAUAUAACAGAUCGUGUCAAAGAAUUGAUCAAGUACAAGGGAUACCAGGUUGCGCCAGCAGAGUUGGAAGGAGUGUUAGUGGAACAUAAGUGGGUGGAAGAUUGUUGUGUUGUGGGAGUUUUUGAUAAAGAGCGGGAAACGGAGGUUCCGGUUGGAUUUUUGGUUGGGAAGGGGAGUGUGGGAAUGGAAGAGAGGAAAGUUUAUGGAGAAAAAGAAGGGAGGGAGGUUGAAAUGUGGUUAGCGGGUAGAGUGGCGGAUUAUAAGAGGCUGAGGGGCGGAGUGAGAUGGGUGGAGAGUAUUCCGAAAAGUGCGAGUGGGAAGAUUUUGAGGAGACUUUUUAAAGAUCAGAUCAAGAAGGAAGGGGAGGGUAAGAUUGCAAAACUGUAG